CAUAUUGUAAGCUUCCUUACCCGACAAUAAGACGCUGUGUGACAAACAGGAAAGGCAAUAAAACCAUAACAAGGUGACGUAAAGGCGUAGGCAACCGUACAAAUAAAAUAAUGUGGAAAAGAAAAGAUAAGAUGGUGAGUGUAGGGAUGUGGCUACAAAGUGGCAGUGAUGAUGGGCAACAGCAACAGCAACAGAAGAGGAAGGCAGCAGGUUCGUGUGAUCACAAUGCCGAUGUUAUUCCAGAGGAGAAGGACGUAUCUGAGCUCAGAUUUAAGGCUGACAAUGAGCAGAAGUGGGAUGAUUCCGAUUCACUGUGGAAUUUGUUACUAAAUUACAUGGAAACCGCUUUAACCUGGCACAGACCAAGAUAUAGCAUUGUAAUGUUCAUCUGCUGUAAUGUUCUGUUCUGGUUUCUAGCUUCAACGUCUUGGAGGCUUUAUUCCCUUCUUGCUUUGGGCUUCCUUUUGUUGGUUGUUAUGGAAAACGCGAGAGCUUUAAUUUUGUUGGCCAUGAAAGGUUGGAAGAAAAGGAAAGGGCUGAAUGGAAGCUGUAAAGUGACUGAAAUGAAACCGGAAUACACACCAAAACUCAGCCAGUGCAUCACAGAGUCAUUGAUGAGUUGUUCUAUGUUUUUUGAGGAGAUGACCCAUUUCAAAAAGCUAAACCCUGGGAAGUUUUGUCUCCUUAUUUGCAGUCUCUGUACAUUUUGUGCAGUUAUUGGGCGCUACAUUCCUGGGGCUUUGGUGUCAUACUUCAUGUUAUUAUCUAUUCUGUUGUGGCCUUUAGUAAGCUCUUGUGACUUCGGGCAAAGUAUUUACAACAAGAUCGACCCAGUUCUGCAGCGAUUGGAUUUUGGUCUUAAGGACUAUGUACAACAUUUGCAAGCAAGACAGCAAAUGAAGCAGAAGCAAUUGGCUGAAAGAAAGUCAGAAGAUGAGAGUGAAGUGGAUACAUCUGGUCUUUGUCCCAAGGUAAGCAGUUCAGGAGCUGGCAAAGAACUAUGUAUUUCUGACACCGAACCUUCAGAAACAUGGACAGAAAAUGGAACCUUUAACUUGUCAGGAGGUCAUACCCCACAGACAGAUGCCUCAGAUGAUCUAGAUCGUCCGAGUGAUCCUGAGGAAGCAUUUACUAGAGAUCUUCCGGAAUUUCCUUCAGUUGAUAAUAAGGGAACAAUAGAUGAUGAUGACUCAAGUAUUGGCAUCCCUACCCCCCCAGCUCCCAGUCUAGAACCCAAUGAAGUAGAUUCAUUUCAGGAAGGCAUACAAACAGGAAUUGCUGUUGCUGGACUUCCCUUGAACAUGUCCAAUGAGCAGAGCUUCAACCUGAUCAGCACUAUGGCAAGUGAUGUCAUUGCUACAGCAGUGUCAUCUGCUGUAAAAGGCCAGUUGCAGGCCUUCGAAAUCAACCUGACCAUGCCACCACAGCUGAACUCAAGUGAAGACACUGACGCAGAAGAGGCUGAUGACUUUGAAUUGCUUGACGAGUCUGAGUUGAAACAAAUUGAGAGCGAAUUAGGACUGGAUCAGGGCCAAACAACAAAUCAACAAGCCAAAGAUGGCAAGUCAGGCUUUCUGUCAAACCUACUGGGUGGUCAUUAAGCCUGCUUUCAGGGCUGGAGAAUAAACAUACAGACCAUAUGUGAAUAACAAAACAAACACAAGCUACAAGCUUAUUUACUAUCGUUGUUCCCAAAACAAGAGCCAAACCUCAUAAAUAUGAUGUGGUGAAUAUUGAACUAGGUGCAGCAAAGAAAGAAUGAGAAAAGUGGAAUAGAGCUGCACAGUUAUCAUCAUUUAAUAAUCUAGUUAUUGAAGGAACUGGUUGAUUUGUGCUAUUUGGUAAAAUGGGCCACCUAUUCAAUGUGUGUUGUCUGACUAUAAUCUUUAUGCCUUGAAAUAACAGCAUGGAAACUAAUCCUGUCUUGUUAAUCUGAGUUGUUAGCAAAUAGCUUUAAACAUAUUUCAAUUGACAUGUAUUUGCAAAUCUGAAAGUCAGAUGUCAAACAUUUUUAGUUAACAAUUUUAUCCUGUGUGCAGAAACUGACAAUCAAUAAUUAGCUUCUGACUGUGCUUUGCAGCAAAUUGACAGCUAAAAAAGCAGAGUACUUUUCAAAAAAUACUUAUGGUAUUUUAGAUAUCCUGGAAAGUCUAGUCCUCUUUGAAGCCCCUUUAUUCACAUGUUUGAGUAGAAUGUACAAAGAAAGCUGGGUAGACAUAUUUCACAGGUGAGGACAUUGAUCCUUGCUUGUAUUUUAAAAAUAUGUAAAACCAAUCUUUACUGCACUUUCUGCCUUAUUGAAUUACAGAUUGAACUGUGAGAAGAAAUACAUUAAAACUUAGUUCACAUCACAGUACCAAUUAAAUUUAAUGAUUUUUUGUUUUGAUUUAUACUUUAAAAAUUCUCCUGUUUACACACAUCACAUGGAUUUAUGGGUCUUACUCUGAAAAUAAUCAGGCAAAUUUAUUUUGUACUUGGAAAAAAAUAUACAUUUUUUUGCCAAUUGUGGAUCAGUGAAUCCCAGUGCAGCCACUGUAGUCCUUGUUAGAUUAAUUUUAUGCUGGGAAGAUUGUUAAAAUUAUGCAAUACAUAUUCUAAAACCUUCAGCUAAUUCAUACUAAUUUAAAACGUUAUUGUGUCUUUGCCUAUCAAUGACCCUUAUGCCCAAGGACACACGUGAGAAACUAAGAUUUUCGUCUAUAUUUAUUUCUUCCACUCUGGUUCAUCCCACGUUAAGCAACUUCUUACUUUUUUUAAAAACAAUUUCAUGCUUAAAGUUUAAGUAUUCUCUAAGAAUUGUAGCUGGCAACACACAUUUUCCCAUUAUACUUCAUGCUGAAACAAAACGAGAAGUGGUUCUAUCAGGUUAGUGGCCAAUUCAUUACUUGUUCCUGACAAUUCUCUGUUAAUGGAGAGAACUGUAAUUUGAAUUUCUGUAAUCCUUCUAAAGAUAAUUGAGUAGCUAUUAUUUUGUUGACUAAUAUUGGAUGAUUUUAUCUGUCAACAAGACUCUUGUUCUCAAGCCAUCAAAACUUGCCUUUUUCUGGAUACACGAAAAUAGAAACUAAAACACUUCAUUUUGCAGCCUGCUUUUAUGGAUAUAUUGAUUUUUGUUGAAUGGAGUUAUGUUCGGUGAUAUUUUUAAUAUUUUGGAUAAAACAACUUAAACAAAUUCAAUUUUGUAUUCAUCAGUUCACUGAUUCUACAUUAAGGAAGAGAUCACGUUGGUUCUGGUUAAUCUAUCUUAUUACCAUGUGGAUACCUAAAGCCUGUAUUUUUUUUAAAUUCAUUUUUGUGGAAUGUGGGCAUCACUGGCUGGCCAACAUUUCUUGCUCCAUCCCUAGUUGCCCUUGAGAAGGUGGUCGUGAGCUGCCUUCUUGAACCACUGCAUUCCUCCAUCUGUGGGUUGACCCACAAUGCUAUUAGGAGGGAAUUCCAGGAUUUUGACUCAGCGACAGUGAAGGAACGGUGAUAUAUUUCCAAGUCAGAAUGGUGAGUGACUUGGAGAGGAACUUGGAGGGGGUGGUGUUCCCAUACAUCUGCUGCCCUUGUCCUUCUAGAUGGAAGUGGUCGUGGAUUUGGAAGGUACUGUCUGAGGAUCUUUGGUGAAUUUCUGCAGUGCAUCUUGUAGAUAGUACACACUGUUACUACUGAGCGUCAGUGGUGGAGUGAGUGAAUUCCUGUGGAUGUUGUGCCAAUCAAAUGGGCUGCUUUGUCCAGGAUGGUGUCAAGCUUCUUGUGUGUUGUUGGAGCUGCAUUUAUCCAGGCAAGUGGGGAGUAUUCCAUCACAUUCCUGACUUGUGCCUUGUAGAAGGUGGACAGGCUUUGGGGAGUCAGGAGAUGAGUUACUCGCUGCAGUAUUCCCAGCUUCUGGCCUGCUGUUGUAGCCACUCUCUUAAUGUGGUGAGUCCAGUUGAGUUUAUGGUCAGUGGUAACCACCAGGAUGUUGAUUGUGGGGGAUUCAGUGAUGGUAACACCAUUGAAUAUCAAGGGGCAGUGGUUAGAUUUUCUGUUAUUGGUGAUGGUCAUAGCCUGGCAUUUGUGUGGCGCGAAUGUCACUUGCCACUUGUCAGCCCAAGCCUGGAUAUUGUCCAUAUCUUGUUGCAUGUGAACAUGGACUGCUUCAGUAUCUGAGGAGUCACGAAUGCUGCUAAACAUUGUGCAAUCAUCGGCGAACAUCCCCAUCUCUGACCUUAUGAUGGAAGGGAGGUCAUUGAUGAAGCAGCUGAAGAUGUUUGGGCCUAGGACACUACCCUGAGGAACUCCUGCAGAGAUGUCCUGGAGCUGAGAUGUUUUGCCAUCCACAAACACGACCAUCUUCCUCUGUGUCAGAUAUAACUCCAACCACUGGAGUGUUUUCCCCUUGAUAUCCAUUGAUUCCAGUUUUGCAAGGGCUCCUUGAUGCCACAUUCGGUCGAAUGCAGCCUUGAUAUCAAGAGCUGUCACUCUCACCUCAUCUCUGGAAUUUAGCUCUUUUGUCCUUGUUUGAACCAAGGCUGUAAUGAGGUCAGGAGCCGAGUGGCCCUGGUGGAACCCAAACUGGGCGUCACUGAGCAGGUUAUUUCUGAGCAGGUGCUGCUUAAUAGCACUGUUGAUGACACCUUCCAUCACUUUACUGAUGAUCAAGAGGAGACUGAUGGGGCAGUAAUUGGCCGAGUUGGAUUUGUCUUGCUUUUUAUGUACAGGACAUACUUGGGCAAUUUUCCACAUUGUCAGGUAGAUACCAGUGUUGUAACUGUACUGGAACAGCUUGGCUAAGGGAGCGGCAAAUUCUGGAGCACAAGUCUUCAGUCUUAUUGCCAGAAUGUUGUCAGGACCAGUAGUCUUUGCAGUAUCCAGUGUCUCGAACUGUUUCUUGAUAUCACAUGGAGUGAAUCGAAUUGGCUGAAGACUGGUAUCUGUAAUGCUGGGGACCAUUGGAGGUGGCCGAGAUGUAUCGUCCACUUGGCACUUCUGGCUGAAGAUUGCUGCGAAUGCUUCAGCCUUUUCUUUUGCACUGAUGUGCUGGGCUCUUCCAUCAUUGAGGAUGGGGAUAUUUGUGGAGCGUCCUCCUGCAGUGAGUUGUUUAAUUGUCCACCACCAUUUAUGACUGGAUGUGGCAGGACUGCAGAGCUUAGAUCUGAUCCGUUGGUUGUGGGAUCGCUUAGCUGUGUCUAUCACUUGCUGCUUUCGCUGUUUGGCGUGCAAGUAGUCCUGUUUGGUGGCUUUGCGAGGUUGAUAUCUCAUCUUCAGGUAUGUCUGGUGCUGCUCCUGGCAUGCCCUCCUGCAUUCUUCAUUGAACCAGGGGUGAUCCCCUGGCUUGAUGGUAAUGGUUGAGCAGAGGACAUGCCGGGCCAUGAGGUUACAGAUUGUGAUGGAGUACAAUUCUGCUGCUGUUGAUAGCCCACAGCGCCUCAUGGAUGCCUAGUCUUGAAUUGCUAGAUCUGUGCGAAGUUUGUCCCAUUUAGCAUGGUGAUAGUGCCACACAACGCGAUGGAGGUUACUCUCAAUGUGAAGGCGGGACUUCGUCUCCACAAGGACUGGGUGAUGAUCACUCUUACCGAUACUGUCAUGGACAGAUACAACUGCAGCUGGCAGAUUAGUAAGGAUGAGGUCAAGUAUGUUUUUCCCUCUUGUUGGUUCCCUCACCACCUGCCGCAGACCAGUUGAGCAGCUAUGUCCUUUAGAACCCGACCAGCUCAGUCAGUCGUACUGCUAUCGAGCCACUCUUGGUGGUGAACAUUGAAAUCCCCCACCCACAGUACACUUUGUGCCCUCGCCAUCCUCAGUGCUUCCUCUAAGUGAUGUUCAACAUUGAGGAAUACUGAUUCAUCAGCUGAGGGAGGACGGUAUAGAACAUAGAACAGUACAGCACAGUACAGGCCCUUCGGCCCACGAUGUUGUGCCAAACUUUUACCCUAAUCCUAAGGUCUAUCUAACCUCCACCCCUACCUUAUACUAUCAUCCAUAUGCCUAUCUAAUAGCUGCUUAAAUGCCCCUAAUGAGGCCGACUCCACUACCCUCUCCGGCAAUGCAUUCCACGCUCCUACCACUCUCUGAGUAAAGAACCUACCUCUAACGUCUCCCCUGUAUCUACCUCCACUCACUUUAAACAUAUGCCCCCUCGUAAUAGCUACCUCCACCCUAGGAAAAGUCUCUGGCUGUCCAUUGUAUCUAUACCUCUGAUCAUUUUGUACACCUCUAUCAAGUCACCUCUCAGCCUUUGUCGUUCCAAAGAGAAAAGCCCUAGCUCUCUCAACCUUUCCUCGUAAGACCUUCCCUCCAUUCCAGGCAACAUCCUGGUAAAUCUCUUCUGCACCUUUUCCAAUGCCUCCACAUCUUUCCUGUAAUGAGGCGACCAGAACUGGACAUAGUACUCCAGAUGUGGCCGAACCAGGCUUUUGCAUAGCUGGAGCAUAACUUCAUGGCUCUUGAACUCGAUCCCUCUAUUAAUGAAAGCUAACACACCAUAUGCCUUCUUAACAACUUUAUCCACCUGGGUGGCAGCUUUCAGGGAACUGUGAACCUGAACCCCAAGAUCCCUCUGCUCCUCCACACUGCCAAGAAUCUUUCCGUUAAUCCUGUAUUCUGCUUUCAAGUUUGUCCUUCCAAAAUGAAUCACCUCACACUUUUCAAGGUUAAACUCCAUCUGCCACUUCUCAGCCCAGCUCAGCAUCCUAUCAAUGCCCCUUUGUAACCUAGAACAGUCCUCCACACUGUUCACAACGCAACCCACCUUCAUAUCAUCUGCGAACUUGCUAAUCCACCCUUCCACUCCUUCAUCCAAAUCAUUUACAAAAAUCACAAAUAGAAAAGGACCCAGGACAGAUCCUUGUGGUACACCACUCGUAACUGAGCACCAUGUUGAAUAUUUUCCGUCCACUACCACCCUUUGUCUUCUAAGAGUCAGCCAAUUCUGAAUCCAAUCUGCCACAUUUCCCCCUAUCCCAUGCCUCCUUACUUUCUGCACGAGCCUACCAUGGGGAACCUUAUCAAACGCCUUACUUAAAUCCAUGUAUACCACAUCCACUGCUCUACCUUCAUCCAUGUGUUUGGUCACCUCUUCAAAGAAUUCAAUAAGGUUUGUGAGGCAUGAUCUGCCCCUCACAAAUCCAUGCUGACUAUCACGAAACAAACUGUGCCUUUCCAAGCGAUCAUAAAUCCUGUCUCUCAGACCUCUUUCCAGUAAUUUGCCCACCACUGAUGUAAGACUAAAUGACCUGUAAUUUCCGGGGUUAUCCCUAUUGCCUUUUUUGAACAAAGGAAUGACGUUUGCCUCUCUCCAAUCUUCUGGCACUAUACCCGUGGACAGUGAGGAUGAAAAGAUCAUCGCCAAAGGCCCUGCGAUCUCUUCCCUCGCUUCCCAUAGAAUCCUUAGAUAAAUCCCGUCAGGCCCGGGGGACUUAUUUAUCUUCGACUUCCUCAAAAUUCCUAGCACAUCUUCCUUACUAACAUCGACCUCCUCUAGCCUUACCAGCCUGUUUCACACUGUCCUCCUCUACAACUAGGUCCCGCUCAGUUGUGAAUUACGAAGAAAAGUAUUCAUUAAGGACCUCUCCAAUCUCUUUAGGCUCCGUGCACAAAUUCCCUUUACACUAUAGUUCCCUUUACAAUCCUUGAUCGGCCCUACCCUUUUCUGGUCAUUCUCUUCUUCCUCACGUAUGUGUAAAAAGCCUUGGAGUUUUCCUUGAUCCUGUCUACCAAGGUUUUCUCAUGCCCCCUUAUAGCUCUCGUAACCUCUUUCUUCAGGUCCUUCCUGGACAACUUGUAUCCCUCUAGAGCCUUUUCCGUUCCUUGUUUCCUAAACCUUACAUAAGCAUCCUUCUUCCUCUUAACCAGUCGUUCGACUUCUCUUGAGAACCAAGGCUCCGCGUCUUCCCUGCCUGCUAGGGACAAACAUAUCGAGCACACGCAGUAUGCAUUCCUUAAACAAUCUCCACAUUUCAAUAGUGCUCUUCCCUGACAGCAUCUGUUCCCAAUUUAUGUUACCCAGUUCUUGCCUAACAGAAUAGUAAUUACCCUUCCCCCAAUUAUAAAUCUUAACCUGCUGUAUGUACCUAUCCUUUUCCAUGACUAUUGUAAAAGUAACAGAGUUAUGAUCGCUACCGCCAAAAUGCUCUCCUACUAACAGGUCUAACACUUGGCCCGGCUCAUUGCCAAGCACCAAAUCCAAAGUGGCCUCUCCUCUGUGGUAUGUGGUAAUCAGCAGAGGUUUCCUUGCCCAUGUUUAACUUGAAGCCAUGAGACUUCAUCGGGUCCAGAGUCAAUGCUGAAGAGUCCUAGGGCAACACCCUCCCGACUGUAUACCACUGUGCCGCCCCCUCUGCUGGGUCUGUCCUGCCGGUGAGACAGGACAUAUCCAGGGAUGGUGUUGGUGGUGUCCAGGACAUUGUUUGUAAGGUCUGAUUCUGUGAAUAUGACUAUGUCAGGCCGUUGCUUGACUGGUCUGUGAGACAGCUCUCCCAAUUGUGGCACUAACCCCCAGAUGUUAGUCAGGAGGACUUUGCAUGGUCGACAGGGCUGUUUCUGCCAUUGUCUUUUCCAGUACCUAGGUCAAUGCCAGGUGAUCCGUCCAGUUUCAUUUCUUUGAGUCUUGGUAGCGAUUGGUUCAACUAAGUGGCUUGUUAGGCCAUUUCAGAGGGCAGGUGAGAGUCAACCACAUUGCUGUGGGUCUGGAGUCACAUGUAGGCCAGACCAGGUCAGGGUGGCAGAUUUUCCUCCCCUGAAGGACAUUAGUGAACCAGAUGGGUUUUUCCGACAAUCGACAAUGAUUUCAUGGUGAUCAGUAGACCCUUAAUUCCAGACUUUUUUUUUGAAUUCCAAUUUCACCAUUCGAACCCAUGUCCCCAGAACAUCAGCUGGGUUUCUGGAUUAAUAGUCUACCCUGUGGUGAAGAACCUUCCUUUAGAAGGUAAAACAUUUUGAUUAGAUUUGGUUUGGACUGUUUGAUGUGAUAACUGUGAUUUACAUUUGAAAGCCGGGAACUUAGUGACAAUUCUUAGCUGACAGUUGGUCUGCAAUGCAGGGGUCAUAAUUGUUUUUUAAAAUUGGAGUAUUAAAAAAAUGAUUCAAAAUUUGAACUAAACUGGACAAAAUCAAGAUCACUGCCAUUUCAAAUCAAGUUUUACAUGUAUCAUAUAAUUAUUGGUGGUUCAAUUUUUCACCUUACUCAUGCCAGAAAAUAUGGAAACAAUAGAUAUUUCCAUCAUGAAACAGGUAACACCACCUUUUAAAGAAGUGAGCAGAUAAGAAGACGUUGACACGUUAAAUCUCAUAUGCCACUUGAGGGAGAUGAGCACAUGUAGAACAACAUUUCACUGCAAUACUAAAGGGCAUCUCUGUGAUCAGAGAUGCCUGUUACUAUCUUUUGAAUCAGAUGUUAAAAGGACACCAAAUCUGCCUUUCCAAGUGGGCAAUAUGUAAGGAAGAAUAGGAGUGAUAUUCUGAUAGCCACGAAUUCAAAAACACCACUGAAAUUGAAUAUUUGGACCUAUAUCUCAUUGCCAUCUGUGGAACCUGCUGUGUUCAUAUUGGUGGGUAAACUUUCCAAAAAGUAAUAUUUGGAAUAAAAGCAACAAAUAAAAACAUUUUGGAUUUUGCUAUGGAUGCACGGUACUUUAAUUAAAAUGUAUUUUUGCAAUAUCACCCUGAUUUCUAAGUUUAAAUAUUUUCAGAGUUGAGACCUAGCUCAAAUGAUUAUUGGUACCUUUUACUUUACAAAAUUAUAUUUUGAUCCUUUCACUAGUUUUGCUAAUGGUACUUGGUAGCUGUGACUGUGCAGUAUUCAAGUAAUGCAUUUAAUGUUAACAAAGAUUUCUGCAUUCAGAACUUUGCAUAUAUGUAUAUGUAAAUAUACAUAGCUUGAGUUAAUGUUUAAACUUCUGUUACAAUGUGGUUAAAUAUAACUCACCACCUCAAAUACUGUUGAGAGAACAAAAUGAAAGCAGUUCAGAAGUUAUCAAAUAUGCUAAUAAUCAGCCAAGAAGCCUUGAAAGUUGGGAUAUGAUCUGCAUCAAUGAAAUGGUAAAUUAUCUACAGAUUUAGUCACAAGUCUUAACAAUUUUAACUUUCAAUGCACAGUUAAGUAUAAUAUUAGUUCAUUGAUAAACACUUAUCCUCUCUCCCUUCGUGAAUCCUUUCAUACUGUACUGAUCAACACCGGCUGGUUUAGUAUAUUUAACACUUUCCAAACUCUAAUUUAGCGCCAUGUUUUAUGUGUUGUCAUUUAGAAAAUGUUCUGGGUUAUUUGAAUAAGUCCAAUCCUUUGGAUGGUUUUGAGAGAUCUGUUUCUGGUUACAAAUUCAAAUUGGCUGGAUCUCUUUUGUUGCAACUAAACUGGCAGUCCAGUGUUUUAAAAACUAAUUUUCUUUAUUCUGAGCAUGUUUACUUGAUCAUAAGCUUAAAAAUUGAGUAAUCCACUGAUUCAAUUAAAAGCGUACAAAUCAUUAAGCAUGUCAUCUUAUGUAAAAUUUGUGAAAACAUACGUUUAUAGGACCAUGUGAAAACAUAGGAUUAUAAGAACAUAGGACCUACUAAAUCUGGGUGCCAGGACUAAUGAGAGUUGGAUUUUGAUUAUUAUUUUGAAAAAAAGCAUAAUUUGGCACUUUAUUAUGUAUGAAAAUGCACUGUCUGUCAAUCAAGCCACAUGUAAAAUGAUAGCUUCAUCCAGGAAAAAGGAAUGACAACCAGAAACAGAACUAAUCACGGAAUGUCUUGUGAUAUUUCACAAGAUAUGGAAAUUUCCCGUCUAUAGCACUUUAUAGGAUCAAGAAUUUCAGUGGCAAAUACAUGGCCAUUAUGGUAAUUGGAUUUGAUAAUUAAAGCUAUUCUAAUCAUGUUAAUUUGUUUCUUUUGUGAUUGACAAUGCUCAACCAAAAAAAAAGCACUUUAUGUACAAUUUAACCAAUGUAGUGCUAUAAUUACAGUUGUACAAUGAGAAUUACACAAUUAUUUUUGAACUGUUUGCACUCUUUAUUGAUCUACAGAUUCUUAGCUAAGUGGUAGAAAUGGUAGAAUGGUAAAAUGGUAGAAAUAUAUUAUGUGUAUGCAAUUAUAAAUAACUUGUUUUUAUUCUCA